AUGACUGAUAAUCUUGAUAAUAUAAUAGAAGUUGAAAAACAAAAUAUUAUUACUACUUAUAAUGACAGUAGUGGUAGUGGUAAAAAAAAAGAUCAAUAUUAUAUUACAAUUAGCAAUGAUGGAGAAUAUAUAGCUAGACUUGAUUGUAGUAAGGGUGAAAAUUUAAGAUUAAAAAUUACACAUCACGAAAAUUUUGAAUUGUUAAAUAAUGAUAGUGACAGUGAUAUAGGACAAGACAAAGUAAAGAUUUGUGAUAUUGUUAAAAAAUUAACGUUUUUAGAUGAACUUGAUCCAUAUGUAAAACCUUCAGAUGUAAAAGGUUCACAAAAAGAGGAUAAUAAAAAACAAAAAGAAAAAUCAAAAAGGGGUUAUAGAAAACGAGAAGAUCAAACAAAAGAGGGUAAUGGAGAACAAGAAGAAAAAAUAGAAAAGGAUAAUAAAAAACAAAAAGAAAAAUCAAAAUGGAGCUAUAGAAAACAAGAAGAACAAACAAAAGAGGAUAAUAGCAAACAGGAAGAACAAAUAAAAGAGGACAAUAGAAAACUUUUAAUUUGGUCAUUUUCUAUAUCAAAUACGAUUUCUUUUAAUAGUAAACCAACAAUUUUAGUAGCAAUUUCAAGAGUAGUACCAAAUGAUAUGAUUGAUCGUGAUAGACCAAUUAAACACUUACUUGAUAAACUUAAGGAACAUGAAAAACUCAAAUUAAAAUAUCAAGAUAUGAAAGAACUUUAUUAUCCCUUGCAUUCACAACUUUCUAGUACUGUAAUAUUUUAUAUAGAUAUAAGUGAUAUUCAUAAAGAAGAUAACAAAAUGAGGUUUUUACCAGAAGUUGAAAAAAACAAAACAAGUCUUUUAAUAAUUAAUGUAAAAGGAUUUUAUAAAUCUCUUGAUGAUUUAGAUAAACCAAAUAUUUAUUCAAGUUUAAAAUUAAAAAGAUUUCUUUUUCCACAAAAACUCAAAAAAGAUAUUGAAAUUUGGUUUAAACAAAUACCUUGUUUGGAAAGACUUGUUUCAUGUAUUUAUAAAAACUAUUUUCUAUUUAAUCAAUAUAAAAACAGAAUCCAAACAAUGGAAUUAUAUUCAAUGUUAACAAUGGAAGCAGAACAAA